GGAUUAUGCAGAGCGACCGCUGUUUCAGGUGUAAUGUCAUGGACACAAAAAUGGUCACAGUUUUUCUUUUCGCAAUUUUCGGAUUUCCUUUCGCGUCAAAUGCAGUUAGCACUGCGGACGUGUCAACGAUGACGGAUUCAACUAGUGAUUACGAGCGGUUGCGUCAACGCGUCUCUCGUGAAUCGAUGAUUACCACGACCAUUAUGAACAGCGUCAACGUUCUCCAGUUGGAAGUUACUACGUUGUUAAGAGAACAAACUCAACAAAACAGAGGAAUAAAACUUCUUAUGGAACAAGUUGCUGCCUUAUCAAAAGUGACCACUCAGUUGAAUUCCGAAUUAACUGAAGUGAAAAGAAACUUAACUGAAUCAAACUUAAAACUGAAGCGAUUAAUCGACAAUACUGAUAGAAAAAUUGAUGACAAAUCGACCAUACUUUCAGGAGAAGUCGGUGACGUGAAAAAGGAGAUUUCAAGACAGAACAAUGAUAUUGAAGUGCUUCAAGUUGACUUUAAAGAGUUGAAACGAUCUUCGGUGGAUAAUGGAUCUUUCCAGGAUAAAUAUUCCGCCAUGACACGGGAAAUUAGCGAAAUGAAGACUGCGACCGGAAUGAACAGUCACGUGAUCGAGGAAUUACAGAAGGAAGUAAACCACGUCAAAGAAACUACUCUAAGCAAUGAAGAAUUCCGUGAAAAAGAGUCUUUUAUCAUGGAAGAGAUGGAAUAUAUAAGAUCAAAUGGCGCCAAUAAUAGUCACAUGAUUUUGGAACUUCAAAACGAGGUUGAAUCUCUGGGUCAUAAUCAAACUGAUUUUGAUUAUCAGUUAGUUGGCCUCGAGCAGAAGGUAUCUUCCUUGCAGAAAAGGAAUAGGAAAUUCGAAGAUGGUAUGACAAAACUAAGGAAAAAUGUUACAUCGCUGGACUCAAGCAACAGGGGAAUGAGUGUGGUAGUUACAGAUUUACAAGGCGAAAUGAAUCUGGUACAAAAAACCAGCAAAGAUAUGGGAGACAUUGUGUUGAGACUAACAAACGAUUUGAUAAUUCUCCAGUCAAGCGCGUCUGAACUCGGUGACGACAUGAUAGAUGUCAAAAAGAACGUGACGUCACUACAGGAAGAAAAUAGGGAUCAACAAGCUUCUCUUAUAAACCUGAAAAGAAAUGUUUCCGCCAUAAGGACUACACAAGGUGCUAUGCAGGGUGAUGUUUUGAGAAUGUUAAAGCUCGUAGAAUCGCACAAGGAUAGUAGUGAAGGAAUGGCAGUAGUAAUUUUUAGACUUACGAACAACCUGACGUCAUUGCAUGAAUGGGACGAAAGGUUGGAGAAAAAAAUUGGUAAGCUGAACCAAAAUGUAACCAAACUACAACAAGAGGACAAGAUGCUGAAAAAGGAAAUGAGGCACAUUAAAGGGAAUGUGACAGGAAUUAACGAUAAAAACAAAGGAUUUAGCGAUACUGUUGAUUCACUAACACAAAAAGUUUAUUCUGUCCACAGAGAACUUAACAAAUUAGAUGAAGACGUGUUCGAUUUGAAAAACAACGUAGUCGUGUACAACGAACGAAAUAAGAAACUUAGCGAAUCAUUAGUCGGACUUGAUGGUAACAUGACGUCAAUUCAGCAGAAAUUUGACUCAUUAUAUGACGUCAUCGAGACCCUUAUGUAUAAUGUAUCUUCGAUCGAGAAAGGAAAUGGGUUACUUGAUGAUGCAAUUGACCAGUUGAGUCAUAAUGUUAAGUCCUUGCAGAAAAAGAGAGAAAGUAUUGGGGACGUCCGACCACGUCCUUCGAGUGUUUACCAAAAUCAGGUGGCGCUACCAGGAAAUGUUGGGACACCUCGUGUGGCGUUCACAUCUCAGAUCAGUUUAGAGGGGGCCAUGUCUGACGUCAAAAGGAAUCAGACAAUUGUGUUCGAUUUAGUUGAGUAUAAUUUAGGACGAGGCUAUGAUCCUACGACAGGGAAAUUCAAAUGUGAAAUUUCUGGAACCUAUGUGUUUUUCUUCAACAUUUUGACGAGGCCACAUAUGAGACUAGGAGUGGAUCUAACAAUUAAUGGAGAAACCAGGUCUGCUUGUGCUUAUUCCGGCGCUGAUCCAAACUUCAGUGUGAACGGAAGUAACAUGGUCGUGGUGCAUUUGAACAAAGGUGACGAGGUUUGGGUGCGUGCUCACAAGAGUCGAGAUCCGCCACCAGGUGUUAUGUUGUCAAGUUUUGCAAAUAGUUUUGCUGGAUUCCUAUUGUAUGCAGAUUUGCAGCUUGAUGGGUGAUCUCGUUUUUUAUGACAUCAUUAUCUGAUGAAAUGCUUAAAUAUGAAUAUAUCUUCUUUCUUCUAAUAAAAUCAUUUUGACUGUUGUAAA